AUGCCUAUACCAUAUCCAGCAGCCUGUGAUCUAGACCCUGGGAAAGUUGGAGACACUGACCUGAAGAGAAUUAUCACGAACCUCCUUGUGAUCUCCUUCAACUACUUGGACCUGGGGCGUGCUGCUCGAGCCCCGGACGGUUGUCUUAGAGGCGGCCGGCUAAGUGAGGCUCAAUGGGAGCAAGUGCUACGGCUUGAGAGUUUCCUUGAUGCUUGGUUUGAAAUCGGCAUCCUCACAGCCGAGACCAUGGGCAGGACAGCUGGAAAAAUAGAGGACCUGGAACGAGUUGUGUCUAGCCUUAGAGGUUGGAAACGAGACCAUCUAGGGGCAGAUACGGCUGGCCACCGCAAAAGUUGCGAGUGUGGAACCUUCAGAGGGCCGAAGAUCAGCACAUUCAAACAAGUGGAUGCUUCCAGACUGCAAUUCCGUGGCCGGCCUGAGUUCGACCCGAGACCAUAUCUAGAUUCCGCUACCGCAGCUAUUUACGAAGACCCUUUCAAACAUUCUGUCAGCCCUGAAAAGUUCGAGGGAGCAGUACCUCAUGUAAAAGUUCAUUGCAGCCGGAGCGAGCGCAUCAAGUUGUAUGAACUUCUGGAUUCGUCUGGGAGGAUUCAGCUUUUCCGCCCUGAGCAGGUGCGCGCUAAAUACACAAGUGGCGUCUUUGCUGUGCUUAAAUCGCUGAGCCUCGACAGACUUAUUCUCGAUUCUCGGCCUCACAAUCUUCUUGAAUCUCCGCCUGGGAAGUUCAUUCGCACUCUAGGAGCCGCUGACACUGUCUGUCGACUUCACCUCGAACCAGGAGAGUGGCUGUAUACUUCCACGAACGACAUUCGAGACUUCUACCAUCUGUUUCGAGUCGGCACUCAACGAUCAUGCAGAAACGCACUUGUAGGAACUGUCACCCCCGGCGAGGUGAAGCACUUCAAAUCGUUCCGCGACUCCUUCAGAAGCGAGGCGAAACUAUAUGCAGGUUUAUCUUGCUUGGCUAUGGGUGAUACCCAAGCGGUCGAGAUUGCGCAAACGUGCCAUGUUGGUUUGCUUUUUCAAAGUGGUCUUCUUCAUGAGCGAAAUUUACUUUGCAUGGGAGUCCCAGCGCCUCGAGAGCAAACCUGCACAGGAGUUGUGAUCGACGACCAUGUUGCUCUGAGCAUCGAAAGGCGGGGGCCCGACAGCGUGAAGUUUGCACCAACGGACGGCGCAAUCCUCGCUGACACUGCGCAGGAAAUCUACAAAGGAGUCAAUUUGAUUCCCCAUGAGGCCAAGGCUGUUCGUGAUUCUCUGCACGGUGAGUUUUGGGGUCUGCAAGUUGACGGCGGCAGUGGUUUGGUUCGGGGUUCUCUGAAGCGAGCCGUUCCGCUACUGAAGGUCAUCUUGGAUGUCCUCGAGCUUGGGAUUGUGACGGUGAACCUGCUCGAGAUCAUAGCAGGCGGGCUCAUCGCGUUGUUUGUGUAUAGGCGACGGCUUAUGUGUUUGCUGCAAACCAUCUUCAGCGAGAUCGCCCAGAGGAGUGAGAACACAGUUCUCAUGUUGGGCUUUGAAUUGAAAGAGGAGCUCGUCUUGUGCUGCUUACUCUUGACCAGUGCUGUGACAGACCUCAAAGCACAAUACAAUCCAAAUAUUUUCGCAUGCGAUGCAUCAGGUUGGGGCGAAGCUGUGGUCUUUUUGCAGACAUCGGAGCCUUUCGCUAAGGAGAUGUACCGCUUCAUGGUGCGCUACCCGAAGAUCUCGAGUUGCCCGGAGGCGGCGAAGCUCAAUACCGAGCUCAUGUCCGAGCAUUUCUUCGUUCAGAACGAUGCGGAAAACUACCUCGAAGAGCCACUCGAUGUUUGGUGGCCGGAGACAGUCAAGGAGAUUGAACGCGCUCUCCCGUACACCAUCGGGGGCGGCAUUUAUUCCGGUCUGGCCUACUCGCCCACGUCCAUCAACCCUUCGGACGGGCCGACCAGGGGGAGAGAUGUAGGCGAACCGAGCGAAGAGCUGCCCAGCUGGUAUGAACCGUUGCUUGCAGGAGAUGUUGGACCGCUGGAUAGUUUCCUCAACGACCAUGGCUGCGAUCCUCUUGAGCUUGCAGGAGUUCCGCCCCUGAGUGAACUUGUGCAUCCAGGCAAGGAGGAAGUGGCCCAUCGGAUAGCUGCCCAGCGGAGUGUUAGAACAAAGGGUCUGAAGCAAUUGCUUGCAAAGGUUUCGCCACAUGUGGUUUUCGACCGGCUGCGCGAAGCUGCUGGGCAUUGCCCAAGUGGAACUGAUGGCGAGGCUCGUCCAGGUGAUGUUUUUCCAGGUCCAUGCCGAGACCUAGCUUGUGGAAUCGGCACAGUCGUUUGGCCAGACGGUGUGGAGCGAAGCGAAUGUUUGAAGAAUCGAGGGUACUUGGACCUUUUCUCCGGAAUCGCGCCUUUGUCGGAGUGGGGGGUGGACCUGUCUGUGCGAGCUUUUCUCGAGCCAUUACCCCAGGAUGGAGAAGCAGCCAUGGUUUCCAUUGCCCUGAGUUGGCAGUGGCCGCGAUUCGGACUGCUCCUCCUCAUCGCCUUUUACGGGAUCAUGCGCAUAGGCGAGGUGUUGCAGCUUACUAGGGCCGAAUUGGUUCUGCCCUCAGACCUUCUUUCCGACAAGAUCGAUCAGCUUUAUGUCAAAGUAAGCGCGCCGAAGACACGGCUCCCUGCCACAGAAAAACUUUUCCCGUUGUGCGCUCAGAGCUUUCGGCGACGAUGGGACAGCAUUCUCCAGCAGCUACAAGUGCCGACCAGUUUGAAGAUUACUCCGGCAUCCGUGCGGGGAGGAGGAGCCGUGUUCGCCUAUCAGAGUGGCGUCGGAGUUGCAGACCUCGUCUGGCGCAUGAACUCGCUCUUUCUUGCUGCAGGCUUUUUCGUUGUGAUUCCAUUGGGCAGUCGCCUUCUCCAAGAGAUACCAAAACUUAUCAGUGGGCCGCGCACAGCUGCAAAAAAGUGCGCCGAGCCUCCGGACGUCAAUAUCCAGCAGGCAGAGGUGUUUGCCUCUCACACGCUGAACCGGGAUGUGUGGAGCGAUGACACUAUCAAAGACAUCAUCACAGGUUCCUUCCUGUUUUGGCAGCGGGAUGACAAAUCAGCUGAGGGUGACCAGUUCUGCCACCUUCACCAGUGCGGGCAUCAGCUGCCGCACAUCUGUGUCAUUGACCCUCGCACGGGAAGACGUGUCAAGAACUGGGAUGGCCGCAAAUGGGUCGAAUCCCAUGCCGCCGCCGAGUAUUUGUUCGGGUUCUUGGACCAAUUUUCCAUGUCCAGGUCACCGCCAUCCAUGUCACCAACAGCAAGUCCUGUCAUGCAUCCGAAGGCAUCACCUCCCGAUCCUUCCCAGAUUCGGCUCCAUGGCUUGGAUGACAUGGAGGUGGAGGGAGUGGAAGCCAAGGAGGAGCCUGUGCCGGUCCUGCCAGAAGAGCCGGCUGAGGGUGUUGAGCAUCUCAAGGUCUCUCUUCGUCUACCUUCCGGUCAGCGAGUUGCUAGACGAUUCCGGCCCGACGAUCAUCUAGAACAGAUGUUCGUGGUCGCAGCCGCUUUGACAGACAAGCCGACUGAAAAGGUGGACUUGGCAACACAGUUUCCCACGCGAUCGCUUCGAGAAAUCGAGGGCGGCCUCUCUAUAUCAAUAAAGGAAGCGAAGGUGGCCGGCAAUUUGUUGCUGGUGGUUUCGAAGAGUGCGCUGAGGAUUUGCGUUCCUGUGCCUCUUCCUGGAUGCGUGACCAGGCCAGACGGUGAAGCGGUCUCGGCGGUCGCGUCACGCCGACCUCGAAGCGGAACAGAACAAAGCAGUGAACAACACUGUAUGUCAGGCAUUGCCAGGUUGGCAGGCCCGUGUUAG